CUCUUUUUUUUUUUUUUUUAGCAUAGCUGUGUUAUACCAGUACCUGAAAAUACAUCAGGAAACAGUUGAUGUCUAUUGUAGUUUCUUUACGUGACUUGCAUGUAAAACUGCAGUGGGAAAAGCCAGAUUUGUGAAUCUACAGAAAGUUGGAUGUUUUUGAGAUGUGGAGCCAACCUCUUCUGUUGUGUUUGGGUGUUAGUGUUUGCUAAGUGGGUGUUGCUUGAUUCCUGUUCAAAUCAAAACAGGAUAUUCAGUCUUUUUAUUGUAUUCAAUUACACAGAUGACAUGAACCAGUGAUUUUUUUCAGGGUGAGGAACUAAGUAAUUUUUUAGGAUUGCAAUCAAACAUGAUUUUUAUGAUUUUAUAACCGUAGAAGGACUGGUUUAAUAAUUUUGAAGUUUAAGGUAGAGAAGACUUUAAAGCCGUGGAAAAGUAUAACCAAAUAAACAGAAAGUAAACCAAAUUUAUUUAUUGAAUAUAUGACAACUUCAGUACCCCAAGACAUGCGACUUUUUCGGGUCAAAUUUUUUACUUUUUCUACUAUGUUAUAUUUUGGUUUAGUCUUCUGUUACUUGUACCUCAUGCAAAAAAAGCAGACCGUCGCUGUGAACUCUUGAUUCACUUUAUUUAAUAUAAACAUAUUUUGCAUACAGUGAUUGUCGAGAGCAGUGAAGAGAGAACACAGCUCAACAGAUCUUGUAUCUCAUUGAAUUUGUUUGAUUAAACCAACAGAAUAAGUUGGGGAUGUUUUGCUGUUAAAAAGGAGUUACAAGUACUACAUUUUUCCCUAGCUGUUUAAGAUUUCCAGGCGCUUUUUGGCUCAGUCUAACUUCCAGUCCUUGCCACAGCCUUUCUUUAGUUAGACCCUUUGACAGCAGGCUGCACGCGAGCUUUCAAGUUGAUCCCCAAACCAAAGCCAUCCUUCAGAUGCGUUUGUCAGGCUGAAUGCUCAGGCGUUAUUGUUGGUGUGCAGUCUGGCUGUCACGCAGGGAGAAGUCCUGUUCCUGCUCUCCCUGACCAAAAUAGUAGGCGAUUAGGCUGUUGAGACUAAGCUGCCAGAACUGCGUGUGCUCGGAGAGGGAGGAUGUAAACAGAGAGUUGAGAGGGGAUCCGAGCUGCAAGCCCUGAUCCCUGUUCCCGGCCUGUGUCUGUAUUGCUCAGCAUCUGUGUACAAGUGCAGUUUUAUCACAGGUAAGUGAUAAAACUGCCAAGUUUUUUGCACGGUGCAAGUGCAGGGGAAUGCAGUGGCUGGAUCACCAGUGCCAGCUCUGAAUAAAUCUGCAUUUCCACGCCGAGGCCGAGUCAGAAUUUGUCCCUUGGUCUGCAGGGCUUUUGGUGGCGACUUGUUCCUAAGUGUACUGCCGUGUGGUCAAACCUCAUGUUAACACCAAAGAAUUGCUUUUGAAGCAAGGGCAGUCUUUAUUCGUUUUCUUUAUUCGUGCGUAACUCAAGAGGCUGAACAGGCGGGGUGGGUAGGAGCUGUCACUGAAGAGGGUUGAUGGGACAAAGUGCUUGGGUCUUGCUGGUUUAUGUUGUUCGGGGUCUCGUGUGAUCCUUAAGCAGAAACACUGGUACACAGACGGGUGGGCAGCAGGAGGGUAUCUGGAUCCUGUUCCCGGCUAUGAUAUGUAUUUCUGUCUAGUCCCAGGUUUUGUGGUUUUCAGUAAGUAACAUGCUUUUCCCUAGUCCCAAGGAUUAAGGAACUAAAAAAGAAUUUUAAAUGCUCCCAUGAUUACUUUAAAGAUAAACAUAUUUGUUGAACUGGUAAGAGGGAGCAGUACCCAGGUUUUCCCCUUGCUCUCUUUUGAAGCAAUCAGCUUGCUAGUCAAAAUAGGCUUAUGCCCCAUUUAACUGCGUCAUGCACAUGGAUCUGGGAGGGCAGGACAAGCUCUGCUGACAGUCCCUUGUGCUUAGUCCCAGCAGGUGUGCCGGGUGAGAGUCCCGGCCUGGUUUCUGGUUUUCAGCUCCUGUUUGUGGCUGCAAUUUGUUCCCUUCUUCAUUGUGGCAGCCAGCAGCAAUCGCUCUUUCAUGGUUCACUGUCUAGUACUGUAAAUCCCAGCUGUACGUGCAGCUUUAAAUUAUUCUUAGAGUUAAUGCUUUGCUCCCUGCACACUUAAUCUAACCUGUUGGGCUGUGUAGGGUGUUGGUGAAAAUCUUGAGAAAAAAAUCUUGAGAAUGAAUUGGAGAUUGCAAGAAGACCCUCCUGUGGGUGUCAGUGGUGCACCAUCUGAGAAUAAUAUAAUGCAAUGGAAUGCAGUUAUAUUUGGGCCAGAAGGGACACCUUUUGAAGAUGGUACUUUUAAACUAGUAAUAGAAUUUUCCGAAGAAUAUCCAAAUAAGCCUCCAACUGUUAGGUUUUUAUCAAAAAUGUUCCAUCCAAAUGUUUAUGCGGAUGGUAGCAUAUGUUUAGAUAUUCUUCAGAAUCGCUGGAGUCCAACAUACGAUGUUUCAUCUAUUUUAACUUCAAUUCAGUCUCUGCUUGAUGAACCUAAUCCAAACAGUCCAGCAAACAGUCAGGCGGCACAACUUUAUCAGGAGAACAAACGUGAAUAUGAGAAAAGAGUUUCAGCUAUUGUCGAACAAAGUUGGAAUGAUUCGUAACAGCUGCUUUGUUACUCUCCGUCCUCAUAAUCAUGAUGUACAAUUUAACUCUCAGUAGAAAGGCUACCAGAAAUUUCAAGUGCCACAGUUCUAAGAAUUUGCAUAAAAACUCAUUUGCAAACAAAAUUAAGCCCUCCCGUUUAGGAACCUUAAAAGCUUGUGUAUCUUGAUUAACGUACUUUUUAUUGCAUGGUAUGAACUAAGUUAUUGCUACAUAAAUUUGUAAUAUAUCCUGUUUGUAUUUUUUUUCCAAGUGUAUAAUGUUGGUGUGGAGUUUUCAUGACAGAAUAUACACAUUUUGUAAAUCUGUACUUUUUCAAAUAUUGAAUGCCUUAUUUUUGAAUUCUUUAGAUUUUUAAAUUGGAGAAAAAGCACUUAAAGUUUUUAUAUAUAAAUAUUUCAUGUAAAACUGUUAAAUACAUAACCUUAGUGCAAGACA